GUUCAAUUUAGGGUAGUUGCAUUCAUACCGGUUGGGGCUUUUAGGAGGAGUGUUGAGGAGUGUUGAAGAAGUUGAACGUCAAUGGCCUUGAAGCCGAGGAGUAGCUUGGAGGACUUCCAUGGUGUGGAGAACAUCAGUCACAAUCUAGGGGAUGAUGAGGAGAACAUGCAGCCAGGACGGCAGACCCCCAUCAGCCAGCGAAGGCCUUUGCAGCAACGAUUCAACUUCAACUGCAUGGCGCUCUCACCCACAAAGUGUCGAAAGCAGAGCCACGGCCUUGCAGAAGAGUCUCCAUUGAAGUUAGCCAAAGAUGAAGUGUGGAUUUCUCCAGCCAAGCUUCCUGAGAUGCGUUCUGGCACAUUUAGCUUGUGGCUAGAGGUCUUCAGAAGAUUGGGUGCCCGGGACAUUGUCUCCAAGGCGGCUCCUGUUUGCCGGCAGUGGAGGGAUGUGGCACAGGACAGAGAGCUGUGGGCUCUUGCCCGGCAGCAUCUUAGGCUUGUGGAUUGCCACGUUAUGUUGGACAAAGUUGUUGAAAGACGCUCCAAGGGCCGAAUCUUCAAGUGCCGAGCUUUGGGCUCUGGAGACAUUGUCAUGCUGCGCAUGGUAGACUUGGAGCUGACAAAUGCUGGCCGAGAUGAUGGAAUGCCAACUUCUUUUUUGCGAGAGGCAGCUUUGCUUUCAGAGCUUCGGCAUCCAAAUGUCAUCCGACAUUAUGGUGCAGAGAUCCUGGACAAGCGAGGAGUCGUGUGCUCCGAAUUCGUCUAUGAGAACUGGACCAGUUGGUUCAAGCGACUUGAGGUCAAAUUUCCUUGCCAGCGCAUGGAAGACAUCAAGGGCAACUUCUCCCAGAUGUUGAGGGGCUUGAACUACUUGCACCAUCAGGGUCUUAUGCAUCGGAAUUUGAAGCCAGACAACAUUUUCAUUGAUGAGCUUGGGACUGUGAAAGUAGGUGACUUCACCACGACUCGAAUGCUUGACAUUCCAUUCCAGGCGUACACCCCGGAAGACCCCAAGGAGAGAGACCGCUCAGGCCGCGAGAUGCGACGCUUGUGGUACAGAAGUCCUGAGCUGAUCAUUCGAGAGGAGAUUUAUGGACCCAAAGUGGACACUUGGUCUGUGGGAUGCUUGUUUGUUGAGGCAGCCACUGGUCGUCCACUCUUUCAGUCGGAUUCGGAGAUUGACCACCUCUUCCGGAUCUUUCGACUUGUAGGCACACCCACUUUGGCCAAUUGGCCUGGUGUAGUGGCCGCAAAGAACUUCUCACCAAAGUUCCCCAUGUACCAGGGCUUUAGCUUUGCACAAGUUGCUCGAGCCGAGAGUCUGAAGCCUCAAAGCUUUGAAGAUCAGCAGCGCUUGUGGCUGCAGGCACAGCCAGAUCGCGAAGAGAUGCUACACCAACUCAUCCAAAUUGCCAGGGUGGUGGGAGUGGAUGGAAUGUUCUUGCUGGACCGCUUGAUCACGGCAGCACCCUUGUCCCGAGCAGGUGUUGAAGAGACCCUGAGAAUGCCAUUCUUUGCUCCGUCCUUUGGAUCAGAGCAGGGAUCUCUGGGAUCAUUUGGACAGGGAGCACAGGGACGGUUACAGCGGAACGUCCAAUCCUUCCACCCGAUGACAGAGCUUUGGCUUGGUGGUCGACCCGUCCGCCUUGAAGAGCAAAGAGAGCAAAGACCUCAACCAAAAAACCUGGAAAACCCGGAAGCGAAGUCAUAUGCAACUCCGCCAACACCGGCAACCACACUGGCAAACAUUGGCUCUGCACAGUCCCAAUAUCCACCCAUGGCCAUACCUUCCAGUUUGAUCACUUCAGAAAUGGUGUGGAAUAUCUUGAACGUGAUGUUGGAACAAGAGCGAAGCCCCUCCAGUGUGUUUGCGACUUGGUCGCUGCCUCCAGGCUUCGAUGCAAAUGCCCGUGCAGUUCAGGUGGAUUUCAUCAUUGGCUUGGCAUCAUCCAUGAAUUUGAGAGCCAGUACUGCUCAUUUAGCCUGUGCUGUCUUUGACAAGUACCUCAGCUUGCAGGAGAAGCCCGUGAUGCCUGAACAGAUCAAAGUGGUUGCAGCCACAUGUUUGAAGGUUUCAGAUAUUUUUGGAGAGCAGAGCAAGGAGUACUACAAGCAGGAGAAUUCUGUGGAGUACACAGAGGCGGCUGUUGGCAAGUCCAUCACUCCUUCGCAGAUGUUGAGUUGUGAAAAAGAGAUACUCCCAAAGCUUGGUUUCAAGCUUCACCAUCCUACUAUCCGUUGGUUCUUGCAGUGCUACAUUGCCUAUGCGAGGUUGUCAAUGUUCGAUGCCGUGGGGAAAACGGCCUCGUUCAUUGCAGAUUUGAUGUUGUUGGAUUUUGAGCUGCUCCUGUACACACCAUCCUUGAAAGCACAGUGCGCUGUGUUGAUGGCAGCAUUCUUGGUGCAGCAGGAAGCCACUUUGCAUCAGCCCCACCAGCCUUUGGACAAGGCAAUGAAAUCGUUGCCCAAUGAGGACCAGUCUGACAAGUGCAAGUCAAUUGGACCUUUGCAAGGAUAUCUUUCAUGCUUAGCGUACUGGGACAAGAACAUCCGAGACGCGGUUUGCAGGGCCAAUGUGGCCGUGGAUGCAUCCAUGUGCCUGCAGGCUGUGGUUCGGAUGCUUCUAGACAAGCGGCGAGAAUGGAAGAGCUUGCAGUUGAACGCCGUAGAGAUCAAGCAUGCUCAGCUUGCCAGGGCUCUGGCAUACCCAGAUCGUUUCCCUGUCUUCAAGCUGUUGCGCUACAUCUUGUCCGACCACCAGAGGAGUUUGGUCCCAGAGUGAGGCCAGAGUGCCAGCGCGCUGUAGUGGCCCUAAUUCAAGAUUCGAAGAUAUUCGAAGAUUAGGCUAGAGCAACAAACAAUUCCGCAUGGCACAAAA